CCGCGACCCAAUGGCGCCGAUCUGCGGGGACCUUCGCUGACCAGCUCCCGGGGCCGACCCGGGCCCCGCCAGUCCCGGGGCCGCGGCGAAGGCAGGGGGCUCCAGAAACUUAUUGGAGGGCGACACGGAGACCUAGAGGGAAAAGAGGGCGACCGUGGAGGGAGGGAAGAAGAUGUCUAGGUCGGGGGAGCUAUCCGGGGCAUAGAUAUCUAGCGGGAGUAACUACCGGGGGUAGUACUUGGGGAGGGAGGAUUUCGAGAAAGAGAAGGGAUACCGAGGGGAUGAAAGAUCCUGAGGGGAAUGAGGGAUCUCCCCGACAACAAGGCAGAGGUGGAGGAAACCCUAAAGAGGAUCCAGAGCCAUAAAGGGGUUAUAGGAACGAUGGUUGUAAACGCAGAAGGCAUUCCCAUCCGAACCACCUUGGACAACUCGACGACCGUUCAAUAUGCAGGUCUUCUUCAUCAGCUGACAAUGAAAGCCAGGAGCACCGUCCGUGACAUUGAUCCUCAGAACGACCUCACUUUUCUUAGGAUCCGGUCAAAGAAACAUGAAAUCAUGGUAGCUCCAGAUAAGGAGUAUCUUCUGAUUGUCAUUCAGAAUCCAUGUGAAUAGACCUACGUCAGCCAAGUCUGCCCUGUGACACUAGGGUGAAAACACUUUACUCCUUAGUGAUUACUAAGAUUAUACCCCAACCUAAAUGAUCUUUUGGACAUUCCUUUCUAUUUUUACAUUUAAACCAUUCUACAUGUCUCAUUUAGUUCCUUUUGAAUGUAUUGUAAAUUUGUGAUUUAACUAUAUAAUAAAUAAAUUCUGGUGCGUA